GAUAUGCAACAAUGUUUGCUCAACGCCAUAAACCACGUAGAUAUCGUAAAGAUACUAUCUUUCGCAUCACAGACCCACGAUUUCCUUCCCAUCCUGCAAUUACGUCUCGUUCUAUGGAAACAGGUAUCGUAUCGUGAUUAGAGGCCUCGUAAUGAUAUCGAUCUAAUUCUACCAAGUUUAAUAAACUCCGGUUAUUAUAUUCCAUGGACGACGACGAGAGACGCGAAGAAUCGUAAACUCGUGUAAAUACAAGUAUCACGUCUAUUACGUUAUAAAGUGGUGAAGUGUGUCGCCGUCUCUAUGCCGUUUAUACGGAUGAGGAGAUAUCGGUGGGCGCAAAAAACUCGAAAUUCUAGUGAAAACUUCUGCGUAAAAAUGAGAAUAAAUCGAGCACGCUGCUAUCUAUAUAACGGUUGCCCCGAUGGCGGAGAUACGUUCUUCCGCGUAUGAAAUAGAUUCCGAUCGAUCGGCGGCAGAAAAUAGAUCAUUACGAACAAUGUCGUGCGCUUAGGCGGGCAACCUUGGAACAGGAAGCCGGGGACUGUGGUGUCGUAAAAUGUCUUCGGUUACCAUCGACCACAGAUCUCUGUUUAUUCGUCUGAUAUCUGGUAUCUGGUGAUAUUAGUUAACCCGCGGCGUCAACCCGGCCAGAUAAAUAAAUGUUAACGUCACGCAACCGUGGCAUAGGUAACACGAUAGUAAAUGCCACGGCGGCAAAAAAGGAACAAUGCACUUCACGGAAGCACCGGAUACCACCGCGUCUGCGCAUCGCGUACAUUAUAUGCCAUUCAAAAUUAUCCAAAAGAAAUGAAGCAUCAAUCGUACACGCAAUUGACAAAUUAUAACAACAAUUCUCAAGAAACUUAUAGAUUAAAUAAAUUUAAACAAAUAAUAAGAAAUUCUUCCAAAUCUUCAACUUCCUCUAAUAAUGCAUCAACUGCAGAAAAGAUGGAACAAGAGAAAGAGGUAAAUAGCAUAUCGAGCGAUAAUGCAUUGAUCCAUAAGAUUCAUCCGAUCGAUCAUCCGUUACGCAACAAUGUACCAGAGCGAGAAAAGUGUACGGAACUCGACGAUAUAUUGGCAAAAUGGAAUGUUUAUAAGCCGAAAAAAUGAUAUAUUCGUUAAUAUAUUUUUAUAUUAAUAAUCGUGUAUGGCAUCAUGAGUUAAAUUUUAUGUCGACAUAAAUUAUUAACUCUAAAUUUGUUCAAAUAAUAUGUAAAUUAUGUAAAAUAUUUUAGAUAUUAGAUAUAAUUUUUCGUAUAGAUCUCAUAAUUAGAAAAAUAUUAA